AUGGGCUCAGCAGCCGUCAACUGGUGGAAAGAAUUCGCUCAAAGUCAUGAAAAUUUAAAACACUCAAUCGCAGGCGCAGGCGCAGGCAUCGUUUCAUCUAUUGUAACUUGCCCUUUGGAUGUAGCAAAGACGAGACUGCAAAAUCAAGGCGUUGCAAAGCCCGGAGAGAAACUAUACAAAGGCACUGUAGGCACCUUGUCUCGCAUUUGGCAGGAAGAAGGUAUUCGCGGAUUAUACAGAGGUUUAGGUCCAACAGUCUUGGGCUAUUUGCCAACCUGGGCUAUCUAUUUCACAGCAUAUGAUUACUGCAAGAGUCAUUGGGCCGAUGAAUUAGGACAUGAUAAGGAGUGGCUAUUGCACAUUAGUUCGGCAAUGUCCGCUGGUGCUGCUUCGACCAUGCUAACAAACCCUCUGUGGGUCAUAAAAACUAGAUUAAUGACACAAAAUGAAAGAACACCAUAUAGAUAUAACAACACAUUACAUGCUGUCUUCACCAUUGCCAGAGAGGAGGGAUUUAGAGGAUUUUACAAAGGAUUGGGCCCAUCUCUGAUCGGCAUUAGUCAUGUAGCUGUACAAUUUCCAUUAUAUGAAAAACUAAAAGUAGCAUUCCAUGUGGAUAGAGAGGCUGUAUCCGGAUCAUCUUCGAUUUUAUUAGCGUCAGCACUGUCCAAGAUGGCAGCCAGUUUAGCCACAUACCCGCACGAAGUAAUUCGCACUCGCUUACAAAACCAAACCAGAAAACCAUACAAGUACAAGGGGAUAUUACAUGCGAUCGAGGUCAUGUCCAAAGAAGAAGGCAUUCGUGGAUUUUACAAAGGCUUACCAACAAACCUAGUUCGAACUGUACCUUCAUCUGCAAUGACAAUUCUUACCUACGAAAUGGUGGUAAAGAAACUAGACGAUUGGAAGAACCUUUAA